UAAUUACGAAUAGCAUCCAAGCCUCUUCUCAAGAGACAUGGUUACCAAGGGUCUAUUGGAAUUUUGGAAUGUCUGAGUCUUGAAAGCCACGUCGAACUGAGUACCGGUCGUCAAGGAUUUCAAGAUGAAGGCAUACCUUUUCAUCGUUCUUCUCUCAAACUUGUGGUUAAUUAAURUUCUCACAGCCAGCGCAGAGGAGGAGAAAGGAGAGUUGAAGAUCGAAGUUGUCGAAAAGCCUGAGAAAUGCCCUCAGAAGACAAAAGUAGGGGAUUCGCUGGCCAUGCACUAUACGGGACGUCUAGCUGACGGUAAAAAGUUUGAUUCUAGUCACGAUCGGGGAAAAACUUUUGAUUUUACUCUUGGAAAAGGGAUGGUAAUUCAAGGAUGGGAGCAAGGUCUSUUYGACAUGUGCGUUGGAGAGAAACGAAAGCUUGUAAUUCCCCCRCAUUUAGCUUACGGUGACAGAGGAGCAGGYGCUGUUAUCCCWCCAGGUGCAACACUCUACAUGGAAGUAGAACUAGUAGAAAUCCAGGGAUCAGCUCAAUCUCAACCAAAUGUAUUUGGAAUGAUUGAUAAGGAUAAAAACAAGCAAUUAACACAUCAAGAAAUAAAGGAUUACCUAAUAGAACAGGACAGCAUGCCCAAUGAUGAUAAAGCCAGUCAUGAUACCAUUGUCUCAGAAAUCUUCCAAUCAGAAGACAAGAACAAAGAUGGCGUAAUUUCAUUUGAAGAAUUCUCUGGACCAAAACGUGAUGAACUUUAGAUAACUAUUUUAAAGUAAUAUAGUAUUAUUUCUAAUAUUUGUAUCUGAAAAGCACGUCUACGUACCGUACUUACAUUGAUGAGAAAAGAGAAUUAUAUAUUCAUGCUCCCACAAGAAUACAGUACAUAUAGUGUGUAUUUAAUGUAUGUUAUUGUACUUUUAAAUUCUAAUUCUAAGAUAAGAUUUCAAUGAAGAUUACUUCAUUUUCUCAAAAUGCAAUAUUUUUCAACCAGAAUGCAUUUUUUUAGAAAAUCAAUUUGUAAUUUUACAAUAUUUGUUCAUGAAAGGAUGAAAUGCAAAUAAAUGAACCAGUUUCCUUUG